AUGCCUGCAACAGUAACAACGAAAAACGUAGUCGAACAAUGGGUAACCUUUCCAGGCGGUGUAGAAUUUUACACAAAAACUUGGAAGGCAAAUUCCGAACCACCAGUUGCCACAGUUGUAUUUGUUCAUGGUUUUGGCGAACAUGUAAAUCGAUAUGACCACGUAUUUGACAAAUUUCAAGGAAAUGGUAUAGAAGUUUUUGCGUACGACCAACGCGGGUUUGGACAAACCGCGGCACGUAAUAAGAAUCCGGGUGUGACGAGCUGGAAACUCGCGACUGAAGAUAUCACUCAUGCUCUUCGUCUGAGAAGGCGUGAGGGCGUUCCUCAGUUUUUAUUUGGUCACAGUAUGGGUGGCGCACUCGCUGUUAACUAUGCGACAGAAGGACCAGAACGAGACAAUGUAGCUGGCUUUCUAAUUUCUGCUCCCUUUUUGGACCAACCUGCUUCUACCAAACCUUCGCAAUCCAUCGUAUACCUGGGAACUGCAGUGUCGAAAGUUUUACCGAGCUUUCAAAUUGGCGUAAAGUUCUUUCCAGAAUAUACGAGUCGCGUGCCUGAGGAGGUCAAGAAGUAUGAGGAUGAUCCGCUUAUUCAUAGUAUUGGUUCUUUGGGCGGAAUCAGAGACAUGUUAUUGGGUCCGAAAGCCGUAUUGAAAUCAAAAUACAAAAAUAUCACAAAGCCAAUAUACAUGGUACACGGAGAUGAUGAUAAAAUCACUUGUUGCAAAACCUCCAAAGAGCUUUUCGACAAAAUCCCGUCAAGCGAUAAAACUUUCCGUGAAUGGAAAGGAGGAUAUCAUGAAUUGCACAAUGACCUUGAAAAAGAUGAGGUUAUUAUCGAGUGGAUUGAAUGGAUACUAAAAAGAAAAUACUUUUAA